AUCUGCAGGAAUGAUUGCGACUAUCAGUCUAGAGCUCACCGCCUUACUGAGGAGGUGAAAGUUGCGCCACAGGAAGAUCAACCGCAAAAGACAAUAUCGCGUGUAUACAUGUUUGCGCGCGUGAGUUGAAGACGCGGCACCAAGAAAGGGGGGAUUUCGCGAAGAGAAACAAGUCCGAACGGAAAGCGGUGGAUUUUGAAGAGAUAGAGAGAGGGGCGGGGAGGAAGAAUAUCUGUGCGUGAGUUGUUGAUUUCUGCUCUCAGUCGUUUUGGGCGAGUCGACACUGAAGAUGCUCUUGGACGCAGGACCGCAGUAUCCCGCGAUAGGAGUCACUACUUUCGGCUCCUCGCGGCAUCACUCAACAGGCGAAGUCACGGAGCGAGAAGUGGCGUUGGGGAUCAACCCGUUCGCGGAUGGGAUGGGCGCCUUCAAAAUCAACCACAGCUCACACGACUUGGGCUCAGGACAAACAGCAUUCUCGUCCCAGGCACCCAGUUACGCCGCGUUAGGACACCACCAUCACGCGACCCACGUUGGCUCCUACUCCACAUUUAACUCCACGCGGGACUUUCUGUUCAGAAAUCGGGGGUUUGGAGACGCUGCUGGGCCACAGCACAGUUUAUUCGCUUCUGGAAGUUUUGCCGGGCCACAUGGACACUCUGAGGCGGCGGGGCACCUGCUCUUCCCCGGGCUACACGAGCAAGCGUCCUCGUCCAACGUGGUCAAUAGCCAGAUGCGCUUGGGGUUCUCGGGGGAUGUGUACGGACGGGCUGAGCAGUACGGGCAUGUCACCAGCCCACGGUCCGAUCACUAUGCAUCCACGCAACUGCACGGCUAUGGCCCCAUGAACAUGAAUAUGGCCGCGGCGCACCACGGAGCGGGGGCCUUCUUCAGAUACAUGCGGCAGCCCAUCAAACAGGAGCUCAUCUGUAAGUGGAUAGAACCCGAGCAGCUAAGUAACCCCAAGAAGUCUUGCAACAAAACUUUCAGCACCAUGCACGAGCUCGUCACACAUUUAACGGUGGAGCACGUGGGGGGACCGGAGCAAACGAACCACGUCUGCUUCUGGGAGGACUGCGCCAGAGAGGGAAAACCUUUCAAAGCCAAAUACAAACUGGUCAAUCACAUCCGAGUGCACACAGGGGAGAAGCCGUUCCCGUGCCCGUUCCCCGGCUGUGGCAAAGUGUUCGCGCGCUCGGAAAACCUGAAAAUCCACAAGAGGACACACACCGGGGAGAAGCCUUUUAAGUGUGAGUUUGAUGGCUGCGACAGACGAUUUGCAAAUAGCAGUGAUCGCAAGAAACACAUGCACGUGCACACGUCGGACAAACCAUAUUUGUGCAAAAUGUGCGACAAAUCCUACACACACCCCAGCUCCCUGCGGAAACACAUGAAGGUCCACGAGUCGAGUAACGGGGGGUCCCAGCCCUCUCCUGCGGCCAGCUCGGGCUACGAGUCCUCCACACCGCCCACAAUCGUCUCCCCGUCCACAGAGAACCAGAGCAGCAGCUCCAUAUCACCAGCAACGUCAGCAGUGCACCACACGAGCAGCCACAGCGCGCUCUCGUCCAAUUUCAAUGAAUGGUACGUGUAAAUAUUUUAGAAAGAGACACUUCGAAACAAAAGACUGUUUUUUUAAAAGCCAGUGACAUGGACUGAAAAACACACGGAGGCCCACGCGAUCUUUAAGUCAGAGAAAUGCAUGGACAAAGGAGCCCCCCUUUUCCUCCAUAUUCCUUUAUUUUUACGCAAAAGACUUGUCUAACGCAUGCUCUGUGCGCCUCCAGGCCUCAAUUUUUGUACAUACGGAUUUCACCAAGUUAAAAUGUAAUAUUUUAUUUUGUAAAUAUCACAGUUUAAGGGAAUUUGUGAAAAAUGUGGUCCCUAGAUAUAUGGAAAUGAAGAUAAGAAUAUUGCGAUGAUUUGAAAAGAAUGUUCUAGUUGUGUACCAAAUGUGAAUUAUUCAGUAUUACUACAGUCUACACGUCGACCUAACCGACUCUUAUUAGUAUUAAUGUGCUUUUGUAGCCUAUUCAGUGCAACAUUUUCGUCCAAGGUCCAGUUUGAGUAGCACAGUAUUUGUUGUUAUUUAUGUCAUGUCGAUAAAAAGUCGUGUAGUGAAAGCCUGAAAACUUCCGUGUCAAUCUGUUUAUGUACGUGAUAAAUAUAAACACAAAACUCUCUGUCAAUUGUCUGAAAGGAAGUAUUAUUCCAUGUAAGUAGCUCAAUUUUCCAUAUUUAUCCGCAUGUAAAGGACCGUGUUAGAAAAUGAUCGGUAUUUAUGGAGAAAUGCGCUCGUAUGUUAAAUUUAGUUUACAUAAAAUGUUUGGAUACAUUUCGUACUAUAUUAAAGGAUUAAAAAAUGUCAGAAUGCAUUGCGUUGGAGGUUCAUUUUUGAGAGCUAAACGGAAGUUGCAUUACAUUUGUUUUUGUUUUUGCAUGUCGUGCGUAAAAGUGUCUAUUUCAUGUUAGUUGUAGGGGGCAAGUCCGAUGCUAAAGGUUGCACCACGUUCAAAGUUUAGUGACAGUAAUAAUACGUAAAUUCACCCCCCUCGUGUUUAUCCCAAAUGAACAGCCCACACUUUGCCCUGCAGUGACGUGCAAAUGAAAUCGAUUAAUCACGCCGCUUGUUCCUCAAUGUAAAGCCUAAAAUGUGGCGUUAGUUAAUUGUUGAAAGGGAAUCUAAUUUUCAAAUCUUGUUUUUGGUUUUGGUGCGGAUCUUUUCCUUGUGUGGGGAAUGAGUCAGUGUUGGCCCCUUCAUUGUUCCUGGUGCCGCGCGCUUGACCGCCCCAUUAGGCAGAGAUCACAUCAGCAGCCGCCACUGAUCACGCUUACGCCGUGCACGAUCUGUCAGUCUGGACGCACACGCACGAGGCCAGGACCAAACGGCAAUUUUAAUAGGAAAUGUACACACGCCAGCGUGGGAUCUAUACUGUGUGCGUGCGCCUGGCAGUGUGCGUGCGCGUAUCUCUCUUUCCUUUCUAAAAUAAAAACAGCCACCAUCUUAGAUGAUUUAUCCAAUCGCACUGAAAUGUAUUCGUAUUUUCUUUUUUCACGGACUAUUACUUUUGGAGAUAAAUGAAAGAUGGUAAUAAAACGACUUUUUCGACUCU